AUGUCGACCUCGAAACGCCGUAUCGACAGACCUUCAACUCCUGUUCAUUCGAAACGCAGAAAAGAUACUCAAUCUCGCCUUGAUUCGUUCUUUUCUAGUCCUAGCGUUAGUGAACGUCCUGGCAAAGUCAAAGCAGAUUCUUUUCAAAAAAGCAUUGCCAAGGACAUAGAAAUCAUCGAUGUGGACCUAUUGGAUGAUGAUGUGGUAUCUGCUCCUGAGCAUCAAAGUAGCUCUUCACCUAAGAAAAACUCGAGCGCAUUGCGCCCUGUCAAGCUCAUCCAGGCAGGCCGCAAGGAUGCCUUUGCUAAUGUACAACACACUACUCCUGAUUAUGCGCCUCUAGCUGUGGAUCCAUCUACAUAUACUACAAGUCAUUUCAUUUCGCAGUCGACAGACACCCCUUAUUCUUUCCUCGCCCACACUCUAUCAACGAUAAAUUCGACUCGGUCACGCACUGCAAUCCUUAACACGUUGACAAAUACAUUUCGCACAAUCUUGGUUCAUCAUCCCCAAUCACUUCUUCCGUCGUUGUACUUGCUUUCCAACACGCUUGCUCCUCCUUAUUCUACCUUGGAGCUCAACAUAGGUCCAUCAGUAAUCUCACAAGCAAUUCAACAAGUGUCUGGCCUCACAUCUGCCUCUCUCAGGAAGUUGUAUAGCUCUACAGGUGAUCCUGGUGAUGUAGCGUUCAUGGCCAAAUCCACAACUCGAACGCUGAUUCCACAUGCACCGUUACUUGUAACUGGUGUCUACAAGUCUUUAUUGAAGAUCGCCGCAUGCAAAGGACAAGGCGCUAUCAAGGAAAAACAAAAAAUCGUCGAGAAAUUGUUGGUAUCUGCAAAGGGAGAAGAAAUUCGAUUUCUGGUGCGAACAUUAUCUCAGAAUCUACGAGUGGGCGCAGUCAGGACCUCUCUACUGACGGUUUUGGCGAGAAGUUUCGUUUUGACUCCGCGGAAGACAUCCAAGGAUCCCAGUUUCGAUGGGUCAGCAGGAGAUUCAAUCACCACUCAGUCCAUAGCUUCCGAUUCCAAUAGCAAAUCCAUAGAUAUCGCCCAGGAUACAUUGUCGUCGAGAUUUCGCUCGGCAGAGCAUCUUCUGCGGAAAGUCUUUGUACAACAUCCUUCCUAUGAUCACAUUGUCGGUGCACUUCUGGAAGUCGGUCUUGAUGGGCUCCCCCAAAGAGUCCCUCUUACAGUCGGCAUUCCUGUCUAUCCGGCGUUAGGGUCACCGAUUCGAUCCUUCGAAGAAAUUUACGAACGAUUGAAUGAUUUGCCUUUCAGUGCUGAACUGAAGUACGAUGGUCAAAGAGCUCAAAUCCAUGUAUUGCGGCAGUCAGAUGGCCCCAUAGAUGUCCGGGUGUUUUCGCGCCAUCUGGAAGAUAUGACUUCUAAGUACCCGGACGUGACAGGCUUGAUGCAAGUACUCCUUGAGAUACAUCCAGAAACGCAAUCGCUUAUCUUGGACUCUGAAAUCGUUGCCAUUGAUCGUGCAACUGGAUCUCUCAAGUCAUUCCAAGCCUUAUCAAGUAGAGCCCGGAAGGACGUGCGUUUGGAGAAAGUCGAGAUAUCUGUUGGGGUUUUCGUGUUUGAUCUGCUUUACCUAGAUGGAGAAAUUCUAUUAGACCGUUCUUUUCGAACUCGGAGGUCCCUGAUGCGGAACCGAUUCCCCUCAUAUAUUCCCGAAAAUGAACUCCUUGCCCAAUUUCAACAUGUUGAUAGCUGUGACAGCGAGGAGAGUCAGAUUCAACUGCAAAAUUUCUGGGAGACGGCAGUCAGUCGUCAUGAUACAGAGGGCUUAAUGAUCAAGUUACUUGAUCAUGAAGUUUGCGAUGAGGACAGUAAGGGUAAGUUGCAAGCUCGAAAAAAGCCAUUAUCAGCUAUAUACGACGCGGAUAAACGGACGUUCUCUUGGAUGAAGUUGAAGAAGGAUUACGUUUCGGGUAUAGGAGACUCGCUCGACCUGAUUCCCAUCGGUGCAUGGUACGGAAAUGGUCGAAAAGCGAAGUGGUGGAGUCCAAUCCUUCUCGGAAUAUGGGAUCCGGAUCAAGGCCAUCCUGUGGCUAUCUGCAAGUGCAUGUCUGGGUUCACCGACGCUUUCUACAAGAUAUUGAGUGAGCAAUUUUCACUUGACGAUGCAAGUAAAUGCUCAAGGAGUCGGCUUUGGGAUUGUGAAUUUGGAGGUUUCAAGCCGGAUGUCUACUUUAAACCAGAUAUGGUAUGGGAAAUUCGAGGCGCAGACAUCACCCUUAGCCCUAUAUCUAUUGCCGCAUGCCAUCUCACAUCGUCUAGUAAAGGGCUGAGCCUUCGCUUCCCGCGUUUCAUACGAGUCAGAGACGACAAAACAAUCAUGCAAGCUAGCGAUGCGUCAUUUUUGGCGAAUCUAUGGAAGAGUCAACAGGGAAAAUUGAAAGAACAAGAUGACGAGCUUAUUGAUGUUGACGUAGACAGCACUGGUGACUACUCAGAAAUGGACGACAUCGAUAUCUAA